GCCCUCGAUAGUCGCGCGUAACCGUCAUGGCAGCCGAGGAGAAGGACCCCCUGAGCUAUUUCGCGGCAUACGGGAGCAGCAGCUCAGGCUCCUCGGAAGAGGAGGAUAACAGCGAGCCGGAGGACAUGAGUCGCAGGGCUCUGGAUCCUGCGAAGUCGGGGAGCUGCUGUGGGAACAAGACGGAAAAGCGGCUGCCGGGACCCGACGAGCUGUUUCGGAGCGUGACUCGCCCGGCCUUUCUGUACAAUCCGCUCAACAAACAGAUAGACUGGGAGAGGCACGUUGUCAAGGCGCCUGAGGAGCCUCCAAAGGAAUUCAAAAUAUGGAAGUCCAACUAUGUACCACCUCCGGAAACCUACACUACUGAGAAGAAACCUCCCCCCCCAGAACUGGAUAUGGCAAUAAAAUGGUCUAACAUAUAUGAGGACAAUGGUGAUGAUGCCCCCCAGAACGUUAAGAAAGCUAGGCUUCUACCGGAAGGGGAGGAGACAGUGGAAUCAGAUGAUGAAAAAGAUGAGCAUACUUCUAAAAAGCGCAAAGUAGAACCAGGAGAACCAAUAAAGAAGAAAAAGUAGAAAACAACAAAUAACAAGAAUUUUUGGACUGCAAAACUUACUGAAAUGGUUUUUUUGGCAGAUAAAUUGAUAUUGUAAAUUAUUAUGAAACAGCAUCUCCAUGAAAGUACAUGUUAAUUAACGAAUAAGUAUUGCUGCAGGAACUUUCCACUGUAGGACUCACUUUUUAUUUAAAACUUGUAUGUAUUUAAAACUCAAAUGGUGACUUGUAAUAGUGAAAUUGACAACACUUGGAAGCAUUCUUGCUAUCACAGAAUUGGUGGCAUGCAUUUUGUCACAUGGUGACAUGCCAGUGUUCUAUGAACUUUUUAUAAAGGAAUAUAUUUUUAAAGUAAAUGUAUGGUAACGUCUUGUGAACUUGUAGGGUGCUUUUCAACAGUUUGUGUUGAACAGUUUGUACAGUGUAAAUAGAUCAUGGAAAUAAAAUUACGUGUUCAAUAUUACUGUUACUGCAUAACAAUAACGUUUGAAUAUUUGUCUGUGACAAAUACCCUCUUUGCCAUGUGAUGUUUUAAUAGUAGGUAUUGCCAUUUUUAGGGGGUGCCUCCUGUUUUCCAGGUGCUUUGUGCGUACAUGAUCUCUGAUGCUCAGAAAGCCUAGUAAAGUAGGUAUUAGUAGCCUCAUUUUAUAAUAAAGAUAUUAAUUUAUCUAAGGUUACCUAGCUAGUGAGCAGUGAAUCCGGGAUUUAGCUCAUGACGUUUGAAUUCUAAAAUCAUCACAUUAAACCAUCUAUCUGCCAAUCAAAAUUUAGGAACUACAGUUGGCAUCCUUUCCAGGUACUCUUCUGUGGUCGUGGGACCCUCUCCUCACCUGAUUAUUUGUAUUACUGCACUUACCAGAUAUGUCUUAGAUUAUGAAAAUUCUUUAAUUUCCCUGUUAAAUAGAAGUUUGCCUGAUGUCCAAAUAAAAAUACAGGACACACAGUUAAGUUUGAAUUUCAGAUAAACAACAAAUAAUGUUUUAGUAUAUGUAAUAUUUGGGACAUACUUAUAUUAAAAAUUUGUUUAUCUGAAAUUCAAAUUUAACUGAGCAUCUUGUAUUUUAUCUGACAACCCUACUUCUGUAUGUUUUCUCUACCCAGCUCCUUUGCAUAUAAUAAUAAGAAAAAUCAACAAGAUUGUAGUCAGGAAGAUAAUCCUUGAUUUGAUUUCUGUAGUCCAAAAUUCAUUAUUUGUAACAUUUUGAACAAGAAAAAGAAGAAAUUGUAUGGUGCAUCAGUCUUUGCAUGAUUCUUAUGCCUUUAAGAGAUAAGAUUUAAUUAUAGGACACUACAUUUAGUGUAUAAGAAAAAGAUAUUAGUCUUUUGAGUUUAAAAAAAUCCCCAGUCCAAUUGUUUCUCCUCAUGCUGGAAGCCAACAUUGAAAAACUAUAAAAUCUGUUUAGUUGGGGACAGGAUCAAGUAGAUUAAAAUUUGUAAAAGUCAUUAAAAGUGCUAGCCAUGGUGUUUUGUGGACUAAGGAACAUAACAGUAUGAUGGUUUCUAGUAUAUCUCAAACACUAAAAAUCCUAUAGCUGCUUAUCUUCUAGGUUUACUACUGUAUGUAUCCCAAAAUUGAAGUAAUUGUUAAAGCAAGAAACUUUUUUUUUAAGGUUGAAGUCUUUAUAUGUGAAUAAUUUGAAGGGCCAUGAUAUCGUAUACUAGUGAGUGGCAUCAACUGAUAAAGUAUGACCCCAGUGUGACACCAAACCAAACAAAUGGAAUUCUAAUUAGGAGGUUGUGAUUCUGAAAUUGAGAGAUCUAUAGUCUGGAUGGAUAUAUUGGUGUAGCAGAUAUCUCAGAAGUUACUGAAAUAUUAACAAGAUUUAAGAAAUUAGCAUGAAAGCAAACCAUAAACACACACACGCGCCCAGCAAGCCACUGUCUAAAAAUCUUUAACCUUUUUUUACCAUCCAUUGGUUCAAUUCCAAGCUUAUACCAGUUAGUUUAAGAAAGAACAAAAGCUCACUAAUUUAAGUUCCCAAUGGUGCUUUGAGCCUCCUUUCUAUAAGGUAACAAGAAUGGAGGGCAAAUAAAUACUGUUUUGUUUUUUUUGGAGGGAGUAGACUCGUAUUUUUUGACAUUUUAGUCAGGACAGGUACCGGCUAUACUUGUGAGUAUUAAGCAGUUGCUGAGGGAUGUGUACCUAUGCUAGUACAGGUCAAGCUAGUUUUUUGAGGGGGAAGAGAGCGUUUAAAGAAGAAGCUGGCAAAUAUUUGGGAGCAGUCUCACUCAGCCACUUGUAUCUCAGAUUUCUUUUCAAAAUAAGGGCUAAUAAUGGAAAGGGAAAUGAACUUGCGUGUGGAUUGCUUCACUUUCCACAGAAAUAUCCUUGGUUGGAAAGUGAACUUGCACGUCACUUUCUACAUCGAUCAUAACAUUAAAAAAUGGAUUCUGUUCCCCUCAGAGAUGUCUUGGGAACGUGUUUAAGUGUUCAUGUGGGUACUGACGUAAAGAGCUGUUUGGUUCAGCUAGUGAAAACCCAGUGAAGAAUUUUAUAAAAAUCCAUAUACAUAAGGAAAAUCCUCUGUCCAAAUUGCUUCCUUUGUAGAUAAGCAAAUCACUUGAUAUUUACGAUUGUUUCCUCCUCUUGAGGAUAAGGAAGGAAGUUAAGUCACAUCAUGCAUCCUUUUGUAUAAGGGUAAAAUUUAAGAAAAGAACUGUAAGCAUUUGUGGACCAUAUUUUAAAAUUCAAAAAGUAAAUAGCUUUAUAGAGGUUUCUGGAAAACAUUCUGAUUGGAAGAAGAACACUACUGAGAAAAUUGACACUGCUUGUUAGCCAUUAAAAUACUAGUAUCUGGACUUAUUUGCAAACUUGGAACUUUCUCAUCGUAAUUCUUAAUCCUGUGUAGUGCUUUUGAGUUCACAGAGUUCAGUCAUAGAGUAGUAGUUUAUGUUUCAAAAACCUAAUGAGAUUGGUUUUAUUAUUUCCAUAUUGGAGAAUGGAAAAUAGGCCCAACGGCUGAAGCAGUAUACCUACAGAUGCACUGUGAGUUAGCUUCAGAGCUCAGGCUGGAAUCUGCAUUCUGUUCCAUGCCAGAUUUAUGGAGGACCUUUUGGUGCACAGCAUUGUGUUAGGAACAAAGGACCCAUCUUCAUUUUAGCAAAAUCACAUUGCUAGUCAUGAAGAGGAUGGAUAUAUAGGGUACAAGUCAAGUCAAAAACCCAUUGCAGUAGUCCACUAGAGUGACACGUAUCUGAAUGAACCAAGGCACUGGGAAGAGACAGGGCUGUGAGAAACUAACUGAUAGUACCCAGUUGGAUAGAAUGACUGAGAGUGAGGUUUUCUUUUAUUGCAAACUUUAAAAUAUGAAUGGACUGCACUGCAGGUUGGGGCCUGACCUACAUGUAAAACAUGUUGCCACAUGAUUAAGUUAGAUACAAAGCCCUACUGGAGAUAUUUGAAAGAUGUAAUUAUUCUUACGUGUAUCUGAGUGAACUUAGAUAAGUGAAAAACUGACUAAAUCCACAACUGGACUUUCAAAUGUAUCAUUGGUGGUAUUUUGGAUUUUAGAGUUUUGUAUCCAUACAGAACUAGAACUGCUCCCGUUUUAUCCCUCUGUUAUCUCUUAGUACAGAAGUUCCUGAUAGUCCAACAAAAAGGUGUUAAAUUCCCAGCAAAUGUUUUGGACUUUUCAUUAAAUUCUAAAGCUUUCUCUCUUCAUCUCCUUCCACUUAGAUAGUUUCCCCAGUUUGGGGCAUCACAUUUGCAUUUUAAUGCAGGAGAAUAAAAGAUACCAAGAAUCACUUGUAUGUACAGUCCCCAGAGGAGGGACUUUUUGCUGCUUUGUUCAUUGACUAGAAAAUUGUCUGGCACCCAGUAUAUCUGCUAAAUGUUGAUGGUAAGCUGCAUUUCUCACCCCCAGCCUGGGGUUGAUCUUCCAGAGGCUUGUGUUUUCAGUUACAUGGGCCAAUAAAUCUUGACAAUUUA